GAAGGGGCGGCCCCGCCGCCGCCGCCCGCCCCGGGGAAGGAGCCGGCGCCGCCCGGGCCGUCUCCAUCACCGGCGCUCCCGUGCGGCGGGGGCUCCGCGCUGCCGCUUCGCCCCACGGUGCCCGGGCCGCGCCCCCCGGCUGGCCCCCUGCCCGCCGGCGGCGGCGGCGGGGAGAGCGAGGAUGUCGGGCAGCACGGCGAGGAAGGUGCAGCCCUUCACCAUCAGCACCAAGCUCUCGCUGCCCAAGUGUGCCGCCGACUUCUCCGGGGGCGCCUGCCCCGGCAUCGCCCUCGCCUCCGCUCUGGACAACCACCGCGGCCUCCGCCGCAGCCUCAACGAGCGCAUCUCCCUCUACUUGGCCCAAGCCCGGGCCGGCCCCGCCGCCCCCGAGGGCCAGCGCCGCAGCCCCAGCCCCGGCGAGGAUGAGGCGACCGACGAGGAGCAGCUGAACAGCAACUCCCUUGCCCGCUCCAUUAAGAAGAUCACGCUGUCCAACUGGCACGGGGAGGCUCGCGCGGGGGACGCAGGGGGACCCGGGGACCCUGCCCGGACCGCCGGCGAGAGGAACCACAACAACAACAACAGCAGGACAGGGAAAGCUCAGUUCAAGGUCUUCCUCAGGAAGGGCGUGGAUGCGGAGGAUGAGCAGCAGGAGUCUGGGAGCCCCCAGGCCGGUGGUUUCUGCUCUCCAGUGGACAGAGGUUCCCCCUUCUAUGCGCUGGCAGGAGCUCCAGCAUUGUCACCCCAGAAAGAGACCCCAAAGGGCAAGGAACUCACCACGGCACCAGGAUGUGGUGGGCGAAGCAGCGCAGGAGCAGCCCCCCUCCUCGACCCGAGCCCUCUGGUAGCCCAGUUCAACCAGGAGAUGCUGCAGGCGGAGGGCUGGGUGCAAGGCAAGCUGCGGGACCUGAAGGACGGCUGCGACCUCCAGGACUGGGCAGAGAUGGCUCAGACCCUGCAGUGGGACAUGAAGGAUUUCGAGAACACACUGAUAAAGCUCAACCAGAUGGGCGAGCAGCUGAUGUGGCGGGCGAGGCCCAGCGCUGAGGCGGUGCGGAAGCAGCUGCUGGCCCUGCGGGACCAGUGGCAGCUCCUGAAGGAGACGGCUGCCAGUCAGAGCAAAGCCCUGGGGGGGCUGCGGGGCCUGCAAGACUUCAACAGGAAAGCUGAGCGGCUGGAGGCGUGGAUCAGGCACAAGGAGGAGAAGCCCUCCUUGGCAGCCCUCCUGCAGGAAAGCCUGGACAAGGUCCAGCUCACCCGCCGCAUCCUUGACUUGAAGCAGGAGGAGCAGCAGUUCCAGAGUCUGCACAAGGAGCUGAACAGCCUGGCCCAGAAGCUGGAGAAACAAGGCAAAAGCGAGAGCAGGAGCAUCUCAGCCCGGCGCAAGCACCUCAACAAAAUGUGGCUGCGGCUGCAGGAGACCCUGAAGGAGCACCACGAGGCUCUGCAUCUGGCCCUGGAGGUGGCUGCCUUCCUCCAGCAAGCAGAUACCCUGCUCAGGGCCAUCCACGCCAAGCAGAGGAGCGUCUGCGGUGCAGGGAAGCCAGGGGAGGGUGAGCCAUACCGGGAUCGGGAUGUCAGGGACAUAGCCAGCCAGGUGAUGAUGCUGGAUGUGACUGUGUCCCAGCUCCUCAGCCUGCAGCCCACCCUGGCAGCCCAAGUCACCCCUAAGCACCGAGAUGUCAAGGAAAGCUGGGCACAGCUCCAGCAGGUGCUGAGGAUGGAGAAGGCUCCAGCCCUGGCGGGCAGUUCCCCAGUGGGCGAAGCUGUGGCUCGGAGUGCAGAACGCCGAGGAGAUGAUAGCAGCUGUGGGGCUGGAGGGAAGGAAGCAAAAGAUAAAUGGACGAGAGGCCCUGGGAGCAUGGUGCCGAAGGACAUGCCGAGGAAGAUGGCGGAGCAUGGGAUGGAGGAGGAGAGCAGACCUGGCUCCCCAGCGGCAGGGCAGCCCCCUCACGGCGGGGACAGCAAAAGGAGAGAGACAGAGGCUGAGUCGGGGACGCAGCAGCCAGAGGCCCAGCUGCAGGACGUCUGUCAGGCAGUGAACGCGACCGUGUGCCCGCACAAGGACAGCAUGUGUCCCAGAGUCCCCCUGUGUCCGGUGGGGGACGUGGAGAGCCCAGAGGCAGCACAGAUGCAGCGGGAGCCCCUGGACUCCAGCUCCAGCACCAGGGCUGUGCUCCUGGAGGAGCCAGCACCAGGGGGACCCCUGGGGAGCCCGCAGGUGGAGGCCAUGCUGCGGGAGCUGGGGGAGCUGUGGGAGGACCUGCAGAGGAAGCACCAGGAGAAUGGUGCCGUGCUGCGGGAAAUCGAUAAGGCACUGAGGCUGGUGGGGGAGCUGGACCGGGCUGAGCGGUGGCUGCAAGCCGUGGCCGGGUCACUCUCGGAGCCAGCCACCAUGAGAAGCCCGGCAGAGCUGCGCUGGGACCUCGAGGAGAUGGGCCAGCUGGAGAGGCAGCUCCUGCUGUGUGGCCUCAAGCUCCAGGCGCUGCGGGAGGAAGCAGUGGGCGAGCCACCCGCUGAGCAUGAUGGGGCAAGGAAGAUGCAGAGGAAGGUGGAGAUGGUGGAGGAGAAGUUGGCACAUGUGCAGGCAGCCCUGCGGCGCCGGGCAGCAGACCUGCGUGACUCCCUAGUCCUGUCUGAGUUCCUGCAGGACCUGCAAGAGGAGGAGGCACGAAGCCAGCAGGGACCUGCAGCGCCAGGGAGUGGGUGUUGUGGCUCGCAGGGGUCUUUUCCCCUGCUCUCAGCCCAGGCUGACCAGCUGCUGAGCAGUGACAACAUGAGCCGCCCCUUGGGAGAGCUGCAGGAGGCUGUGGAGAUGCUGAACGACUCAGCGAAGGAGCGAGAGCGGGUCAUGGAGGUGGCGGCGGAGACAGAGAGCCUGGAACACCUGGUGGCGGAGGUGUCACCGUGCCUGGAGACCCUUCGAUGCAGAGCCGAGGCGCUGGCUCGAGACACUGCCCAAGCAGAGAGCGGCUUCACCACAGUCAAGAGUGAGAAGGAUCUCCAGGGGCUGCAGGGCUUGCUGAGCCAGCAGCAGGAGAUGGAGUGUGUGGUAUCAGAGACCCUGCAGGGGAAGCUGGAGGAGCUGGAGAGGGCAGCUGCUCACUUGCAAGAGCUCUGCCCUGCUCGGCUGUGCCCCAUCAGCCGGGAGGUGCAGGGGACGCUGUGGGCCUGGGCAGGACUGCAGGAGCUGCUGCAGGAGACCCGGGCCCGCAUGCAGCAGGCUAGCCGGCUGCGGCACUUCUUCAAGGAUUACUUAGCCAUGAUCUCCUGGACGGAGGACACGCGGGCUCAGAUCUUCUCUGAAAGCCCAAGUGGCCACAGCCUUCUGGAGACUCCAUGUGAGGAGCUGGAGAGGAGGAUCGAAGGGAAGCUCAAGGAGUUUGAGGCACUGGCAGCAUCAGGGCAGCAGCUGGUGUCCGAGGAGCACUACCUAAGCGCAACAAUAAAGGAGCGCUUGGAGGAGCUGCAGAGCAUGCUGGGCUGGGUGCUGGUGCGCUGGCGAGCACAGAGGCAUCAGCGGGACCCGGGGAGCAAGCAGGAGGACAGAAGGGACCCGGAAGGCCCCUCAGGCAUGUCCCCUACCAGCCAAGAACAGCAUGCCCUGUGUGCUCAGCCUCAGCUGGAGAGCAUCCACAGCCCAGUGGAGUUCACACCCUGCUCCCUCCUGAAGCCCAUGCCAAGAUCGGAGCCACGGCAGCCAGCAGGAGUGGCCAUCUCCCCACCAGCAUGGCCCCUCUCAGAUGCCCCUUCGGGAGUGGAGCAGAGCUGGGGGGAGCCCAGCAGCUCAACACCCCACGGUGUGGGACGUCCCGAGGAGUCUGUCAUCUGGGAUCCUGCUGAGACCUCCACGCUGCUGCUGCCACCAUGGGGCCCCAGCGGGCUGGGGGGGACGGUCAACCUCAUCCUCAGCAUCGGCAAGAAGGGCGAGAAGAAGAAGGAGCAGCCAGUGGGCGGCAACGAGCGGCCAGGGGAGGAGGUGCUGCGGACGCUCCCUGCCACUAAAUCCCCAGGCUGUAAAACCUUUUGGAAGCGUUGCCAGGGGCUUUUAGGAAACACUUGGGGUAGUUUAAAGCGAAAGAGAAAGCCGCCUCACCAGCUGGUGGAAGAGGCGCAGGUGGAGGUUGGGAAAACCUCCAGUGCGAAGCAGCUGCCUGCUGUUGCCCACCGCCCUCCGGCACCCAGCAGCAGGACGCCGGCCACCUCCCACACCCUGCCCAAGGCAGGGGCGGGCUCCCUCUUCGACAGCCUGCAGCGGCGGGAGCGGGCAAGGGCCGAGCAGGCCCGGCUGCUGACGCUGCAGGGCAUCAUGGGUGCCAGCUCCCUGCAGCCCGCGCCAGAGGAGCGCCAUGGCCCCAGCAACACAUGGCCUCAGAAGUGCAGCCGGACGAAGGGGGGGCCGGCAGCGGCCGCUGCUGGAGCCCCGCUCGGGGAGCUGCUGCUCUACGUCAGGAACCCGCUGGUGCGGGACAUCGACGCUGAGUGCGGGGCGGCCUCCCGGGACCCCCGCCUCCCUGGCCCAAAAACCAUGGCCCCCCACCUUUCCCUGGGUUCCGUGCUCAGCCUAGAGCUGCCCCAAGACACGGUGGUCCUGGGGUGCCACCGAGGGGCCGCAGUGCGGCAGGAGGAGGCGGAGGGGCAGAAGCGGAGGCAGGGCUGGGGCGUGAGGCCAUGGGAGCCCACAGGCACACAUGGGGCUGGAUGGCAGGAGGAGGUAGUUGUGGAUGGGCGCAGUCCCCAGGGGCCUGGUGAGUGGCUGGGGACAUCCCCUAAGAGCGAGCGAGGAACGUGGUUCGAGGAGGUGAGCUUCAACCCCAGCUACAGCAGGCAAAGGGCACACCGUGCUGGGGAGGAGCGCUGGAGCCCACGGCGCCCCAGCAGUGCCGGUGAAGACCUCCUGGACUUCAGGCCGAGCCGGCCGUCCCAUGUCGGUGUGCUGCACGAGCGGGUCAGCUGGGAGGGAGACGAGCUGGCCGCCCAGCUGGGCCGGGAUGGCAGCCCUGGCACCACUGACAGGGCCAGGCAUCGCAGAGCCGCUCGAGUGGAGCUUGGGCCAUCCCCUGCCAGCAUCCCAGGCAGGGCAGGAGCCAUCCCUGGCACUGCCCGCACACAGCGGCCAGCUGGCAGUGGCCAGCCUGGAGGGUCCCCAGUUUCCCCUGCCGCCCCCACCCAGCUGUCUGUCUUCGAGUGGGCGCUGGGGUCCCCACAGCCCCACAGCCCUGUGUCAGGCACCGGGGAGGUUUGCCACCCUGCCCACAGGCAGUUUGAGGAAGAAGAAGAGGAGCUGCAGGCCAUCUGGGAUGGGGCCGGUGAGCAGCAGACACCCAGCCUGCCGGCAGGCAGCCAUGCCCACCGCCAGCCGGGGAGUGGGGCAGGCAGCCUGCCGAGCCGCGAUGCCACUGCUGGCGGGCCCCUCAUCCUCUCGUCAGCCAACAAUGUGCUUGUGGCCAAGUUCACCCUUCCCACUGCCGCCCGGCUCCUCCACAGUCCAUUGGGAGAGAAGAGCCCCAGUGUGGGGUACAGCGGUGGUGGCAGCCCCAGCGGGCAUGGGGUGUCCCCCCGUGUGGAGGAGCUGGUGUCCGCAGCCUCCUUGGACAGCUCCGGUGCCUCGGAUCGGUGGAGGCAUGGGGAAGAAGAGAGGGAGGACAGCAAGGCCCCUCCCGGUAAAACGGAGUUUCAGAUGAUGGAGGGGACGCUGGAAAGGAAGCACGUGUUGCAGACAGGAGGGAGGAAGGCCAGCUGCCGGGCCUGGGGCCUCUUCCAUGCUGUGCUGAUGAGGCAGACGCUGUGCUUCUACCAGGACCGCCGGGACAGCCUCAAGAGCUCUGUGGUCGCCCUUCCCCUGAACCUCUCCGGGGCGGUCUGCACCCCAGAUGCUGAGUACACCAAGAAGACCAACUGCUUCAGGCUACAGCUGCGGGAUGGCUCUGAGUACCUCCUGAGGGCCCCCUCCCAGUCCCUCAUGAACGAAUGGGUCUCCAAGCUACAGCAAAACUCAGGUUUCCCUGAAGUGGAUUACUUCCAGGUGGCAGCACACCGUGUUGAGGGUACCAGUGGUGCUGGGGGUUUCAGCAAGGUCCCCAGCCCUGGGAGCUCGUACCUCCAGGGACAUCAUCAGGUCACGACCACCAAGAGCCAGGAGAUCGUGGUGCUGCCCCGCUCAAACACCCAGCUGCAGCAGCCUCUGGGCAGCCAGGAUGGCCCAGCCGAUGGGUCUGUGGCAGUAGCAGAGGAUGUUCGUGGGGCCAGGCACAGGGAGCAGCAGUGGUCACCCAGGGGAUCCCCUGGCCUGUGGGACAACAGCUGCCCAGAUGACGACUAUGGGCUCGUGGCCAACAAGAGGAGGUCCUACUCCUUCACCUCAGCCACUUACCAGAAGAUCACCCCGGUGGCCAUGCCCAAGGAGCUGGUGGAGGCUGGGAGCAGCUACUCCGUCACACUGUACAUCGGGGAGCAAGCACCGGCCGUGCCCCGGGCACGCUGCCACUCCUUCGUGGCCCAGCCAGGGAGCCCGCGGGACAUGCUGGGGGAGAAGACCCCUAGCCCCCCUCGGCCCAAGAACAAAUCUGUCUUCAAGAAGUUCUUUGGGAAGAAGGAGUGAGCCCCAACCGAGGGGGAGAAAAGCCCUAGCCUGCCCUUUAUCCUCCUCUUGGGUGCCAUCCUGGCACGGUCUCCACUCCCAGCACCAGCUCACUGCUCUCUGCCUCCCCAGGGGAGAGAGGCUGUGGCAAGCAGCUCUGCUCCAGCCAGCCCCUGUGCUGCACCAUGCCCCAGCCACCACAGCCCCUGGCCUCAGCCUGGCGCUGAGCACCCCUCCUGCCCACCCGCCCACCCGGUGCUCUCCCUGGGUGCCACUGGCUCCCCAGGCAUCCUGCCAACAUGCAACACAAGCAGGUGUGUGUGUGGGGGGGGAGUUGUUUUUAUUAAAAAACAA